AUGACGGGUUCAUUCUGGCACAAUGUCCUAACAUUUCGAAGACCAUCAUCAUCAACUUCCUCAACUUCUACAACAUCCGACUCAAUAGAUUCCUCCUCUAGCAGCACCCUAAAUUUAAGUGUUCGAUCCAGUCACAGACUAUCCCGAAAGCGACGAGAAGUAUUUGGUGAUUUCGAUUACACCUUCGAUAAUGAGAGUAUGAAUGCGAAUAUGCAGGAACCUUUAGGGAUGGAGAGAAAUUCUCUGGGUAAGGAUACAGGAUUUCCGGAGCCUUUGAGCCAUGAUCGCAAUACAACACUCCCACACCCCGAAGCAGAUACCUCACCCUUUGCAACCCUCGAAUCCACAGAAGUUGACAUUUAUCGUUCUCAUUCACGACUUUCCAUUAGGAGACUUCAUAGCAGACAUAAAGGAUCACAUCUAAGCGUACCUUUAUACGAGAGCAACGAAUACACAAAUGGUAAUCAUGUCCAUGGUGAUAUGAAGACGAUAGAAAAGGAUGUCGAAAAACAAAACGAUCUGGUCGACCCACCCAAAACGGUAGAAGAAUUUGUGGAAAUAGAGGAUAGAGAUGAUCAAGGGUAUAGACCGGGAGACAGAAGGAAGGGCGUACUCAGAAAGUUAAACUUACACAAAGUUUAG